AUGUCUUCCGAAAUUAAAACCAAUGCUGAUCUUGAGAAAAGUGCUGAGAAGAUGGGCGAAGUUACUUUUGAAGAUGCAAUUGAAAUAACCGGUCACGGCAAGUUCAACAAUUUCGUGUUGUUGACAUGCGGGCUUAUCAUGCUGAACGUGUCAAUGGAGUCCGUGGGCAUGAGCUACGUCAUCACGGCAGCCGAAUGCGACCUCGGCCUCACCAGCGAGCACAAGGGUUUGAUCACGGCAGCCGCUUUCAUAGGUAUCAUCAGCACCUCGUUUCUGUGGGGAUACCUGGGUGAUAGGUACGGACGACGGGCCGUGAUGCUGCCAGCGAUGAUAUCAUCCGCCGCGUUCUCCUUAGCCUCGUCUUUCGCCAGCGACGUGUGGAUGAUACUGCUUCUGAGGAUAUUGACCGGUUGUCUGGUUUCAGCAUCCAGUGCGACGGUUUACGCUUACUUAGGCGAAAUGCACGUGAGCUCCCGACGAGCAUCUGCCAUCGCCUGGGGCUCCGCUUUCAUCUCUUUCUCCUUCAUCAUCCUGCCGGGUCUCGCUUGGGUGAUAAUACCUGGCCAGUGGACUUGGCAAUGGGGGGCGAUUCGGUUGGCACCGUGGCGCGUCUUCAUGUGGUCGUGGUGUGCACCUGGCUUAUUGGCUAGCGUAGCACUAUUGGUGCUACCGGAGUCCCCUAGAUACCUUUUAGCGGCUAAGGGCCCGGAGGCGGCGCUUCCAGUUCUAUCCACCAUGUUCGCUUGGAACCAAGGCAAAGCGGCCAGUUGCUUUCCUGUGGAGAAAAUAGCUUCCAGUAACACGGAGUCCACGAAAGGGGGGUUUGUGGGGGCCAUCAAGAACAUAUCCCUACUGUUCCGUCCACCGCUGAUACGAUGCGUGAUCAUAUCACACAUAUCUAUGUUCGCCAUUUUCAUGCUCUCUAGCGGCCUCUACAUGUGGGUGCCGGACAUCCUCAACAACAUCCUGAACAGCAAGAGCGAGGAGAGCAUCACGAUCUGCCAGAUCGUCCACGACAAGUUCCAAGCGGCCAGAAAUCUCACGUUGGAAGCGGACCUCAAGUUCUGCCACACAGAGGUGUCCGUGGGGGUCUUCCCCAUAUCGAUGGGUAUGGGGUCCGUCUUCGCGAUCACUUACCUGGCCAUCGGCUUCUUCAUCGACCGGAUCGGCAAGAAGGCCCUGUACUGCGGCAUCAUGUUCGUGUGCGGCCUGGCCACCAUCGGGGCGGCCUUCGUGCCCCAGGGCGGGGCGGCCACCGCCCUCCUCAUCAUCGCCCUCUGCUCGGGGUGUGCCGCUUCAAUCCUCGCCGCGAUCGCGGUAGACGUGUUCCCUACGUGCCUGAG